GAUCACAGCAGAAGAAAAACGCAGAGCAGAAGCGCGUAAUUCACCCGAUGUUUUCAUAGAGGAUUAACAACCCAAACUCUUGAGUUUGGUGUCCUUGCAGUCAGUCGCGAGAGUAAGGCCGUUGAUCGCGUUCGUCCGCGGAGGUCCGCACAGCUUCUUUGCUAUCAAAGCUACGUCAAUUAUAAAUUCCGUCAACAACUUUAGAGCUGGCAACAGCGCGCAUUGGCAUUGCUUCGACACAGACAAGAGCAGAGUCCGUCUUUCUCUUCUUUACUUGGCUGCUUGGCAUACUAGCAACAACUAGACAAUUUACGAGCAAGUAUUUCGAAUCAGCAGAUCAGUGACGUUUAUCAAAUUAUAACUAGUCGAAAAUAACUACAAAGUGCUUUUCGUGAAAUGCGUGUGCUCCAGUGUGAUUUGUGGCUCGCGGUUCAUUUGAUACAAUGCAUUCAAACAUACUGCUAACCUCCUUAGGGGGCACAGUGAAGAAGGAGAAGGUCCGACCUUUACCAGGAUAAAAGAGUCUAUUUAGAUUCACCUUCCAUCACUACGCUGCGCGGUUCCUCUGGCCCUUGUUAUCUGAUCAUGGCUCAAACAACGCGGAUGCCAAUCUAUGGGAAAGCACCUCCCUGUGCUCACCCGUCCCGUCUGACUGAGAGAAAAGAGCGUAGCAGGAAGGAACGUCAGGAGAAGACAAGAAAAUCCGAUCAAAAACCUGAUGAUUUCAUUGUAUACGACAGUUCUGACGAUGACUUCGAAAACGAUCCCAACGAGAAAAUAUUCUUGAGGACUUCCCAUAAUUUUAUAGACUAUUUGCACAGCCGUGAGACAGGAAUGAAAGAAAUCAGAUCAGUUGUAAAUUACUAUGGGCAACGACAUAUAUUAACACAAGAAAAAUUCAAAGAGCAUCCGAUUCAGAAACUUGGCAACAUUAAUAAAGUGUUUUGCUCACAAUGGUUGAGUGAUAGGCAGGUUGUGUUUGGCACAAAAUGCAACAAGCUUAUGGUUUAUGAUGUGAUGAAACAUCAAUUGGACAAAAUUCCAUCUCUAAAAGGUUCAAGUUCUCGUCAAAGUUUACCUGGACCUCCAUCAGAGCAGCAAACUGGAAUACAUUCUGUGCAAAUAAAUCCAUCCCGAACUUUGCUUGCUACCGGUGCUUCCAGCCCUAAUGAGAUAGCUGUGUAUAGACUCCCCACCCUAGAUCCAGUUUGUGUUGGACAGAAUGCGCACACCGACUCAGUAUUCGAUAUGUGCUGGCUUGAUGACCAGUUUCUUGUGUCAGGAUCUCGAGAUACCCGUAUGGCCUUAUGGAGAAUACAAGAAGACGAAUUAAUAGGCACCCAAGAAGUACCCACAUAUGCCCAUGUUCAGCCUCUUGAGGUAAAGGAAUGCCAGGCUGCUCAGAAAGUCCGAGCUCUUGCUUUCAACAAAAAAGAAGGAGAAUUAGCUGCUCUUUCCUUAAAUGGUUAUAUUCACAUUUGGAGUGCUGAUCGUUUUCAGCAGAAGUUGUCUCGAAAAUUACCAUCCUGUCAGGAGAAUGUGUGUAUGGCAGUAUCAGAAUCUGGUUUAUAUGCUAUUGGUUGCCGUUCAUAUACUUUACUGCUCGAUCAAAGAACACUGCAGGCUCAUAGAAAAAUUAAUUCCCGUUACACUGGUUGUGGUAUACGAUCAGCCAGUUUUCAAGGUAAUAUUCUUACCAUCGGGACAGGCGUAGGUAUGCUCAUGUUCUAUGACUUAAGAGCUGGGAAGUACCUUGAAUCUAGCAUUAAUUCUAGCAGAACUGUUGUUUUAAAAACAUCUCGGGGAUAUGUGUUUCCAAAUGAAGAAUUCAUGGAUGGAUUCCAGCAAGUGAAAUAUACUCCGGCAAUUUACACCCAUUGCUAUGAUGCAUCAGGGAUUCGGUUAUUUUCUGCUGGUGGACCAUUGCCUGCUAAUAUGCAUGGAAAUUAUGCAGGCCUCUGGCAAUAGUUAUCUGUCUUCUCUAGCAAAUCUGUGAUUAUUUUUUCGACUGAGGUAAAAGGUUUUUGGCCUUUUCAUAUUUAUGUGAGGUUGAAGGCCACGUAUGUUACAUCUGUUUGUGGUGAUGUGUAUUUUAAAGGGCUUGUAACACUUCUAUUGUGAUUCAACUUCAUGUAGUGCUUGCAGUUUCAACCAGUCUCUUGCCUCAAUGAAAAAUCUCUAAAAUUCCUAAGAUAAUUUUAAUCUAUAAUUUCUUUUACAAUGUCAGUAUAAAUUCAGUAUUAUUUCAUCUCAAUGUUUUAAUUCUACAUCUAUCAAGCUUUACUUCUAAAAAAAAUCCCACUUAAGCUGUGUUCAGGGUAAUGGAGAGGUUUUUAGCAUACAUGUGUAGUUCCCUUUCCCAGAUUGCAUGGGUGACAGUUAGCCUGUGGGCUAGUGGGCUCUAUUGGCUUAUGAACAAAAUAAAUGUUUUCAGUGCAACUACUUGAAGAAGUCAAGAAAUCUGUUACUAGUUAUCAUGCCAAGUUCAAGAUUACAGCACUAACUACUUAAAAAAUUUCCUUUUUCAUUUGUGUAACAUAGAAUGGCAAACUCAAUCAUUGUAUUUCAGUUUUAAAUGCUGCACCUUUGAACUGAAGAACCAUUAAUUUUGAAACAAUCGACUUGAAUUUAUUAGAAGUUGUACAGUGUAUAUAUACCCUGAUCAGAAACCUGUGGAAUGUAUGCAAACAAAAUAGCAUUCAUUUUUGGACACUCUUCUUGUGUGCUCUCCUUCAAAGUCACUAACAAAUUCACAUAAAUUGCAAUAUCUUAAUAGAAUUUUUGUUGUAUUUUUAGUGUUUUACCAUGAGUUUGACUCUGCCUUAAAACUGAACACAGAAUGAGUCAACUAUGAUGGAGUUACUGUGAUUUGUAAGCCAAUCUUACAUUUUUUGCUCUAAGUCUUCUCAAAAAGAUCAGUUUGUUGUAAAAGGAAUCUGCAUUAGUUCAUAUUCUGUAUCUAUGGUGUAGCAUCUUACAUAAAAGAGCAGAUGAAGUGUUUUUAUUUGUUAUGUGCCCCUGUUAUAUGUCUGAACUUUUGAAAAAUGUUUAGCUCCAAAUGUGUUAAUAAGAAUUUGAAUUUCUGUUGUUUCAAUUUUGCUUUAUUUUUUUUUUGUAAUAUUUCUUGGUUGUAUCAUGUAAGUAGGAGUUGCAUAUUCUUCUAUUACAAGAGAGAAAUAUGAAUGCUUCUAUUUUAUUACAUGACAUGUAAACUUUGCUGUUCAUUAUUUAUCAGCGUUCAGUUUUCCAUGUCGACAGGAUCCCUUUUAUGCCCAUCUCAUUUUUGUUUUGUUUUGCAGUGAAUGUUGGAGACCAACCUAUUUUGUUGAGACUUUUUGUACAUUUAUAAUGUGAGCUACAUGCAAAGUGCAGCUAAAUUGUGAUAGUAAAUGCAAUGUUAAAUGAGAAUGUAAUUUCCUAUUCUCAAAUAAGUGGGGACUAGUAUGGUUAGAAUUCUCAAGGAAAAAUUUCUAGGAAAGGGAGAUGUGGCCUGGUAAUGUUUUUGAAAAUGUUCGUCUUCUCAUGGAAUUUUCCUCAAUAUGGAAUAUAAGUUGGUACAACUGUCAGUGCUGCACCAGAAGCUUUAAUCAGUUUGUUGUCUCCUUGCUGAGAUACAAAAGAAACACACACAUCACAUAAUUAUUAGGAUAGAGCUUGUGCUAAUAUUUGAGAAUAAUGUUUCUAGACUGUUGUAUAGUAUCUGUAAUGUAACUACCUAAGGAAAAAGGUGGGAUAUGUUUCAUUUUUGUGUGACAUUAAAUGUAACAGUACAUGCUAA